AUGAACACGCAAAUUUCAGAAAGAAAUUGCGACGCGAAAAACACCAGUCGACAUCAGAAGCAAAGAUUACAUUAUUUAAUUUAUGCUCAAGAUAAUAUAUUUAAGUUCAAGAGCGUGAUACCAGUUUCAAUGACAGACAUUAAGGAUUCUGUUCAAAAUUUAACGCCAGUAUCAACAGCGUCAAGUGAAGUGAACAGCAGACAACGACAAAAUAAAACACUUAGAAGCAAUUAUGGAAGACCUUCAAAUACAUCACCGAUAAUCGAAAGAAAAUCUUCAAGUCUUGAAGAAUUUGAUGUUGAAUGUCAAGAAAGUGCCCAUAUAGAAAAUAAAGGAAAACCGAUUAGAAAGUUUAAGCAAUUUAAAUCAAGUGAAGAUUUGAGAGAUCCAAAUAGCUUUAAAAUCAAAACCACUGUUCUGAAACAUGCAGAGUCGCCAAAUGGAAAAAGUUCAACUAAGAAGAAGACGACAACCUCAAAUUCUUUGAAAAUUCCAGAUUACACAGCCACAUUAGCGCCAUCUUUGGAAAGUUCAGAAAUGAAUCGUAAGAAAUUGAGAAACGUUGCCGAUACAUGCGAGGAUAGAUUAAAAACUGCACCAAACAAUAGUGGAAAUCUUGAGGAAUUUCUUGAAUUUGUCAACAAGUGGAGAGCUAGUCGAAUAGCAGGCAAUAGGAAAAUUGAUGAAAUUUUCCGAAAUUCAUCAUUUCCAAGCCGAUGCUCAUUCAAAAAUUCGGACUCGAAAAGCAGCAGUUCUCUCCUGUCCGCUCGCCUUAAAGCAUUCAAAAUGAGUCUGGAUCAGGUGGAAGUAGUGUCAAAGCUUCUUCGAGCUUCUCGAAGCUGUAACGAAUUACAACUAAAAGACUGUUUUAAAGAUAUUUUGGAAAAUGGAAUCACAGGAAAGGAACUUAAUUCAACUGAUAAAAGUGGAAGGACUGCUUUGUCCUACAUUUGCUCAACAAAUUUAACCAACUUUCUUGAACUCUUCUUGCAUUUACCUGGAGUUGACGUAAAUAAAGCAGACAAUGAAGGAAAUACUCCGCUACAUUUUGCAGCUCAAGCAGGUCAAACAGAAAUCGUAAAUAUGCUGUUGACCAAGUCCAAAGGAAUUAAUAUUGACGCAAAAAAUAAUUUGGGAUUCACGCCCUUGAUGAAGGCAGCACUACAGGGACGAACAAAAUCGGCAAAACUUUUACUUUUCGCUGGAGCGUCAGCAACAUUAACUGAUCCAUCAAGAGGCUUCAGAGCUGAUCAGUGGGCCCGCUAUUGUGGACGACACCAGACAGCUGAAAUGAUAGAAACAUCAGCACGCUCAAAACUCUUGGAAAAAACAGCUUCGAAUAAAUGGAAUCACGAUUCGAUUCCGAGAAGUAAGACGACUUCUUCAGUCUCACAGCAAAAUGGAAAUAUAAUUAAUCAUCAACAUCAACAACAGACUAGUCAUUCAGGAGGAUUUCGAUCGAAAUUCCGAAAAGUUUUCCCUUUCGGCUUUUCUCUCAAAGAUAAGCAAAAGGAUGCCAAACCUCACAAUGGAUUUGUAAAUGUUGCUGAUAACAAAGGCGAUGAAAAAUUUAAUGGUGAUAUCGUUAAUUACUUGACUGCUGCAGCUUUAUGUGUGGGAAGUGGACCUGCCGUCAAUGCAUCAAGUAAACAAAUCAUCAAAAGCUUUUGUCGGCCUCUUGAAGUGCCAAAGUGAGGAUCAAAGAAUAUUUUAAUACUAUAGGAAUAUGUUCACAUCUUAUUUUUAUAAACAAAUUCUUUGAUUGAUUUUAUUCUAUUUUAUCAUUAAAGAUUUAUUUAGAUAUUUAGUUAUUCUUAUUUUCUUUUUAUUUGUAUUAUUUUUUACACGAAAAACAUCAAUUUUCAAUUAGACUUGAAGUCACGUACGCAAACAACAACAAUUUAAUUAAGAAACUUGAAAAUUUACCAACACCUGAGCCUGUACCCGAGAAUGGCAAGAAAGUCACCAAAAAGUCGAUGGGUUUAAAGAAAGUUCUAGCUGAGAAGUCAAAAGGACUGAUGAGUGGGGGAAAAGUUAAAGAUGUGGUCAACACUGAGUCGUAUUCUUAUUAGUUAAAUCUUUAAUCAUUUUUCUAGUUUCAUAAGAAAUCACAAUUUUUGUCAUCAUCGUCCUACAUUUAAUUAAAUUAGUUUUAAAAGAAAAACUCUCUACAAUUUUGAAUUACUGAUUAUAGUCAAAGUAAAACUUUCCAAAUGUUGAAACGAAAUAUUUAAACGAAAAAAUAGUUUGAUAGAAAAUUAUUUACCUUAAAAAUUCAAUGUAGGUAGUCUAGACUUAAAAGCUUAUAAUUUAUUUGGAAGAAAUUUAAAAUUAAUAUCAAUUCAGAUCUGUUGAAAGUUACAGAUUUAAAGUUGAACUAAAUAACAUCACACAUUCUUCUGUUUCUGAGCUCAAGACUGAGACACCACUUCAUGAAAUUUAUGAAAUAUUUUCAACGUCUUCGAAUCUUUAUAAGCACUGUAACGUCAAACCUUUUUUUCUAUUGAGUAGCUGAAAAUAUCAUGAAUUAUUUUUGGAACGGAUGGAAAUUAUGAAAAGCUCUGCAAUUCAUUGAUUAAAGCUUCAUUCAAAUGAGUCUAGACAUUUCAUGCAUUCAUGUUAUUUAUUUAACUUUUCUUUUAAUAUUUAGGAAAACUCUUCUUCCUUCAGUAUUUUUACCUUUUAUGAUUACUAAAUAUUUAAUAUCUAUUAAAGUUAAAUUACAUAAGAUAUUUUCGUCGUUAUUGCCAAGCGAUAUCUGAAUAGAUUUUGUUUUUUAACAAACCUUUAUUCUUCAUUUAUAAAGAUGAAAAUAAACUUAUAAUUGCAAAGAUCUUUUGACAAACUUCAAUCAAAAUAUGUCUUAAAACAUUUGAAAAUAAAUAAAGAAAUGUAAUGGAGAGAAAAACAAAAACGAGACAUGACUUUAAUAAAACAUAUUUUUUAUGACUUUCAGAGUUCAAUUUUGACAUCUUGAUCAUCAUCAAACUUCUUAUUACGCGAUCUACGUUUUGAUUUGAUCUUUGAAAUUAUCUCAUAAGCUUGUUGAAUCUCCAUAAACUUUUCUUGUGCUGCUCGUUGUAAUUUCUCAUCUUUCACCUUAUCUGGGUGAAAUUCUCGUGACAUUUUUCGCCAGAUGCUUGUAAUUUCACUUUGCGUUGAUGUUGGAUCUACGCCAAGAACUUUGUAAGCGUUCUGCUCUCCAUCAGCAUCUAUCGAAUCAACAAUUUGUUUCCACGUUUCAUACCACCCAUUGUGCUUCGCGAACCUCCAUGUGUCGAUGAACGUCUGCUUAAGAUCCGUCCACCAAGGUGACUUCAAAAAGUUUUUAAUUGCUUCAUGUACCGGCACUUCGUCUCCUUCACUGUCGGUGAUUUUUCCAUUGAAGUAAAAAUAUCCAGUCCACAAUGAGAGGUAAAGCAUCACACAAGUAGACAAGACAAUAGUUCUUCGUAAAGCUCCAUGUCGUUUCGGAGGUUCACGUCGCCAUUGCUUCGAAAAUUGUUCAAAUGAA